GCAACCCAAAAAAGAGAAAGGAAAUCCCUUUGGCUUUCCCCUUCCAUAGAUCUGCAGCUGCCUUUGCUUUUGAGUUGCGAAAAUGGCAGCUUACUCUGGAUCUGUCAGCGCUGUUCAGGUUGGUUCCUACUUUGUGGAGCAGUACUACCAUGUUCUUCGGCAACAACCUGAUCUUGUCCAUCAAUUUUACGCCGACGCUAGCACCAUGAUUCGGGUUGAUGGGGAUUCUUCUGAGACUGCUAACACAAUGCUGCAAAUACAUACACUUCUCAUGUCGCUAAAUUUCACUGCAUUUUCAAUCAAGACGAUCAACUCAAUGGAAUCUUGGAAUGGGGGUAUCCUAGUUGUGGUUUCAGGUUCUGCAAAGUCAAAGGAGUUUAAUGGGAUUAGGAAGUUUGUGCAGACAUUUUUUCUUGCUCCUCAAGAGAAGGGUUAUUUUGUUCUUAAUGAUAUCUUUCAUUUCAUUGAGGAGGAGAUAGUUCAGCAGAUUCUGUUGCCUGUACCAUCAGAGAAUAAAUUUGAAGCUGAACUUAAUGCUCCCAGUUCCGUCCCAGAGCCACCAGUUCCCGACUAUGUUUUGGAGGAGAAUGCAAGGGAGUAUGUGGACUCAAUUCAUAUAGAAGAUGAUCCAAUUGAUAAAUACAGCCUUCCUGAGCAACAGCAACAAGAAGAAUUUGAAUCAGAAGUUGUUGUGGUGGAGGCCCCUCUGGAGGAUUUGGUUGCUGCUUCACAUCAAAAUGUAGAUAACAGCGUACAGGAGCCUCAUUCUGCAGUAGUUGAUGAACCCGUUGGAGAGCCAGAAAAGAGAACUUAUGCUUCCAUUUUGAGAGCUGCUAGAGCGGAAUCUGCACAAUCAGCUAAUCCUCAACCGUCAUUUUAUCCAAGUGCUCCAGCUACUUCCGAGUGGAACCAUACUCCAGAACCUACCCCACAACAGAUAAACCCUGCAUCGUCAUAUGCCCCAGAAUCUGGAGCAGAUACAUUUGAAGAAGGUUUUGGUGCCGAAGAUGAAGGUGAACCAAAAUCUGUCUACGUUAGAAACUUGCCACCCUCUGUUACAGAAGCUGAAAUUGAGCAACAAUUUAAAGCUUUUGGCAGAAUUCUGCCUGAUGGUGUAUUCAUUAGGUCUCGAAAGGAAAUUGGGGUUUGUUAUGCUUUCGUUGAGUUUGAAGAUAUUCUUGGUGUUCAAAACGCCUUAAAGGCAUCUCCAAUUCAAAUAGCUGGAAGGCAAGUCUACAUUGAGGAACGAAGGCCAAACAGCAGUAGUGCACGGGGAGGAAGAAGGGGAAGAGGCAGAGGUAGUUUUCAGUCAGACGCCCCCAGAGGACGAUUUGGUUCUCGUAGUGACUAUGGUAGGUUGAGAGGCAAUGGUUUCCCCCAGCGAGGUUAUCCCAAGUUCCAAUAGUAUCAUCAAUCAUCCAGUUUGUGCAUAACCAUUUUGGAGACAAAACUGUGUUAGAGUUUUUGGUAUGAAGGUGGUUACUACGAUUGAUGGUUCAGAGAAAGCCAGCGUCUCUGGUGUGAGUGGUUUAGGAAAUUGGUUUGUACUGUGUUUUGAGUGUGUGAGUUGACGUUACUGGAAAUGUUAAUUUGUGAGGGAUUAAUUAAUUAUUAAGAUAAGAUGGUGGUGAUUUUCUCACUUGGAUGGUUUUUGAGAUGCAAUUCAAGUGGGAAAUUUUGGCAUUUCUCAAGUACAAGCACUUGUUAGGCAAUGUGAGAGACAAAGACUUAGAAAAUGAUCCUUUUCAUUAAUCUUAUACUGAACUUGCUUA